GGUCGUACGCCCCGUGUGUUGCGGAGGUCCACUGCGAGUACGUUUGCCGGCGUGGUAGAGCUUUUGAUUCUCUGCGCAGCACUUGCGUUCUUCCUGGUCCUUCCCCCCGGGAGUGGCACUGUCAAUGUCAUUUUACUGCAGAAACUGGUGCUGCAGCUGCCGAUGUCGGCGCUAUUAGCUUGUCCUGUGGAUGCAGUGCGAGCACCAGAUGAAGUGCAGCAAGUUGACGCCGUGAAGAUGAAGAACGAAGAUGAGGAGGAGCUGUUGAAAGCAAAGAGUGCAGCUGUUACAUCCGACCAUACGGCCAUCGGCACUAGCGGAAUCAGUUUCAUCGAGAAAGAAGAAAAGCAACAAGAGAGGCAGCAAACCACUCGAGUUUCGAAAAGACGAAACAGGCACAAACGCCGUCGUCGGAUACGAAAAAAAAUAGCGAAGCAAGGCGAGGAGAAAAUAGAAGCCAAGAAAGAGAAACUGGCGCUGAGACUCGUGCAUGAGAAACAGCAUGAGGGGCGAAGGGAAGGAAGAACAGGAAGAACAACCACCGGGGUUCUUGUACAGCGCAACAAGCUCGCACUGCGACAACGUGAGCGGCUGCGAAGGUUGAAGCUGCAUGUUUUGGAGCAGAGGAGGGAGAGCGCGAGGACACUGGCGACGAUCCAACGAAGGACACAGAAAGAGGCACAAAGGCGACUGCGGAAGCAAGCAAUCCUGUUGAAGAACAAGCAAAAAAGAAAAAACAUGAAGAAAGAGGAGCACCAGCACCAGCGCGAACAAGAAAAGGAAAAUCACAAAAAGGCGCAACUGAAGAAAGCGAGAAAAGAAAGCACUGCGCGGAUAGCAGCACAGGAGCAGAAGAUGAAAAAAACAGGACGAGAAAAUGUGUUGCAGGAACAGGAACGCGAAUUCCAGCAGGAAGAGAAAGAACAAGUAGGACUGCCGGAUGUUAGUGAUUUUCUUAAACUGGGCGAAAUGCCGCAAUUCCCCGACAUCCACCAAAUGAACGACCAGGCGACGCUUGAUCCUCAUGAGUGGUUCAAACACGUAGACGACCCCGACAACGAACUUAAGACUGGCGAGUUUUUCAGUUGGCAAGAUGACGGUGCCCAUUGGGAAUGGUUUCCAUAUCCCCAUCAGGUGCAUGACUAUGAAGAUUUCACCCCGACGUUUGACACAGACCACAUUACCUCUGAUGACGACCACUACUCCAUCGAAAACUUCAAAAAGAAACUUCACGGCAAAGAGAUGGAUUUUGGCGAGUUCAUCAAGUUUAUGACCCACGGGCAGUGUGACGUCGCUGGGGUGGGUAUGCAAGAAAAAUCAAUCUGUGCUAGUGCUGUUGUAGAAAGAAGAAGUACCUGGCAUGUAAGUACCAAGCCUAGUAAAUAUUUUUUUUACAUGCUUCUACUCUUUCUGCUGAUGCAUUUUUGGAGUGUCAUCCAUGAUUGAAGAAGACGCACCCCUCCGCACGUCGACGUCGCUCCCUAGUGUAGGAUAAAUGAUGACGAUGAUCAUAAUACUUACUUAUGUAGUGAGGUAAAGUGGGUUUUCAUGUCGUCCUUCUGUCUGAGCAUGACUGACGUCGUCGUGUCAGACAUACUCACAAUGCGUUUUCUUCACCGAAAAACAAUACACUCGCACAUGUUUUUUUCUUGGAUAGUAGAGUACGACCCUCCUGGCUGUGACGACGCGGAAUUCACGUACGACAACCCAAACUCGGCCUAUGGGGCUAUUGGUGCGGGGUGUAUGGGUGUCACGGAGGACCACAAUCCCCCCAUUGGCGAGGCUUGUCCGACACAGCUCACCGAUCCUCAGCGCGACGAGUAUGCGGAAGACGGUACGUACGCUGGCGCG